GAAGCAUAGUAACAAAUACAAAAUGUCACAUCGAGAGCCGCUGCUUGAAUAUUCUACAAUUUUUUCCUAUUUACUGAGUAAAAAUAGAAGUUAUAUUUUAAAUUAAACUCAGUGCAUAUUAACUCGCGUAAAAGUGCUGGUAUAAAUUCGUUUGGGCAAGUAAAUUUGGGAAUCUCGGCUAGUUUUAACACACUUUUGAGGUUGUUUACACUUUCAUCUGAACUUGUCCUAAAAAAAAAAUUAAUAAACCCAACGUCCAUGCGAAUUUGUAGAGGCAAGUUUGCUAAAAACUUUUAUAUCGUCGAGGGAAAGAAAUUUUAAUUAACAUGCAAACAGACGACCCACCCUACCUAUCUGUUGGCACAGCAGUUAGUGCUAAAUACAAGGGUGCUUUUUGCGAGGCAAAAGUUAGCAAAGUCGUUCGUUUGGUCAAGUGUAAGGUAACCUAUAAAAUGGGCUUGGGAAGUGCAACGUUAACCGAUGAACAGAUAAAAGGCACCCUUCGAGUCGGGCAGCUCGUUCAGGCAAAGCACCCCGAUAGAAAAGAAUUAGUAGAGGCCACCAUUACAAAAAUACAAGAUUGCAGUCAGUAUACAGUUGUAUUCGAUGACGGAGAUAUAACAACCCUGAGACGCACAGCAUUAUGCCUGAAGAGCGGAAGGCAUUUCAAUGAAAGCGAAACUUUGGAUCAGUUGCCCUUAACCCAUCCCGAGCACUUUGGAAAUCCUGUUGUUGGUGGCAGGAGGGGCAGAAGAAACAGGCAACUCAAAGAAGACAGCAGUGACGGAGAAGCCGAAGAAGAAAAUGAACCAGAUUUAGAAGCCUACCUUCUAGAUCUUAAACGAGUUGUGAGCGUUGAAACAACAGAGAAGAAACGGAGCAAAGAUAAUUGGUUUCCUGGACUUGUUGUCAUUCCAUCAGCUCAACCGACUGUCCGCAUUAACAUGAAGGAUGAAUAUUUGAUAAGGUCUUUCAAAGACGGAAGAUACUACACAGUACCUAAAAAGGAAGUAACAGAAUUCAACAGAGAAAUGGCUGAAAAGAUCGAUACUGGUGUGCUAAGUGAAGCUAUACAGAAGGCAAUAAGAUUUUUGGAUCACAAUGAGCUACCUCCUCAUUGGGAAAAAAGUUCAUUGUUUCAUUCCCACAAUGUCGAUAGCGAAAGUGAAGAAAACUACAGUGAUAGUUCUGACGAUGAACCGAGUGAAGAAAAAGAUCGUUUUGUGGCGCAAUUGUACAAAUUUAUGGACGAAGCUGGAACACCACUAAACAAAACGCCUGCCAUUGCCAAUCAAGACAUUGAUUUGCACAGGCUCUUCCGCAUUGUCCAGAAAAUGGGCGGCUAUAAUCGUGUGACGAAUCAAAAUAAAUGGAGAUCAGCCGCGCUUAGAUUGCAUCUUCCGGGUAACCAGAACAUUUUCAAUCAAGUCAAGGCGGUCUAUAAGAAGUGUUUGUCGAGUUACGAAACGUUCUAUCGAACAUUAGGAGUGACUAUGUUGAAUCACACAGGUACUGCGAAGAAAAAUAAGGGCAGGAGUUUGAUAAGAGAUAGGGACAGGAACACUCCUAUUAGUAGCCCGGCUCCUGCUUCUGAAAAAGAUGAAUUUUUUCCCGAAGAAAAGAAAGAAGUGGUCCCAAAAGAAGCUUCUCAAGAACCAGUUGUUAAGUCGAAGAGGAUUGAGAAGAAGAGAGCAUUGGCUUCAGCUUCGGCUGAAGUUAGCGAUACAAAUUCUAGCGAUACGACUGAACAAUCUGAAGCUAGUAAAGAUACUCCUCGUCCAAAGAGAGAAAAAGUGGAAAUUAAAGUUGUAAAAGAAAAAGAAAAGGAAAAGGAAAAAGAAAAAGAAAAAGAAAAAAAAGGUAAAAUUGUUAGUGAAAAAGUAAAAAACUUGACUGAGAAAUUUGAAGAACAAUCACGAAAGGAAGAGGAGGAAAAGGUUCAAAAUACCCGUUCUAAAACGCAAUCGAAACAAAAAGAAACACCUCAAACGUCUUCCGAAAAGAAAAUAGAACCAAAAUCAUCUAAAGACAUUAAAACAAUUCCCCUUAAAAACAACAAGAAACCCAUUUCAUCUGUCUUGAUUAAAGAGGAAGACAAGAAAGGUAAAAAGCGCCUUGCCGAUGAAAAACCACCGAUCUUAGAAGCUCCGCCCGAAAAGCAACCUUCCAAUGUUCCCAAUAUCAACGUUGGUGAUAAAUUAAAAGUGUACUAUGGCUCAUCAAACGAGUCUAAAGUCACUUACGAAGCUAAAGUUAUAGAAAUCGAUAACGACCAAUCAGGCCAAGUGUAUUUAGUCCAUUACGCAGGAUGGAAUGCAAGAUACGACGAAUGGAUACAGCCACAAAGGAUAGCCGAGAAUUUAAGUGCCACCAAAAAAGCAAAACGAUCCAAACAACCGAGCGGAUCAUCGAGCACUAGUUCGAAAAAUUCGCCUUCGAAACCGAUGGCGAAGCGGGCGAGAUUAACUUCAGUAUCCGCUCGAUCGUCCACCACAGAAAUGCCCAGAUCGACGACGCCUUCGAGUGUUACUUCUUCGGGAAGCAGGACCAAGAGUCCCGCUACUCCAGCCACCAGAUCCGCGGCGAGAUUACGUCAAGAUUCGUCCAGGCGAUUACGUAGGAUAUCAGCACAAACUGAUGCUUCUAUGCAUUCGGAUUCUGAAAGCGAAGGAACUGGAAGCGAUUCGGAAGUAUCGAGGACUAGAAGUCGUUCAAAAUCUGAAAACGAGCCUGAAACUAAAACCUACAACAGGCGGCCACCCAGAGCAUCUACAUUGAGUAAGCUUGAUAAACGUAAAGAUGGUGGGCCUUCGAAAGACGAUUACGAAAGGACGAGAUCGCGAAGAAUGAAAAAAACGUCCGAUAAAUCCGCCGAUGAUAGUGAGGACGAUGGUAAUCCGCCUAAAGGUCGAGACUUCGAUCUCAAUCAAAUACGAUCUGAAUUGAAAGGCAUCUCGAAAGCCAUCAAGCUGCCGGCGUUGGAUUCCGUGGAUGAUAAGGAAGACGUAACCUCUUCAGACGAAUCUUCCAAUCUUCCGCCUUUGGAAAAAUCGGCUCACGUCGCUGACGAGCCCGCCGAGAAGAAAGAGAAGAUUUUGGAGAAAUCCUCGAGCUCCGAAGAUGUUUAUGAAUUCAAGGAACCCGAGCCGUUCGAGUUUGAAAACAGGCCGAAGCUCGGCGACGAGAAGAAACGAUUGGUCCCGCGAAUUUUCGACGAUGUAGACAAAUCGCUCAAAAUGAAGAAACUCAACGUGCCGAUAAGGAAGCAAGACAACAUCGAUUCCGAUGACGAAGAAGAAGAGGAAACUGUAAUUCCUCUAUCGCCCGCCAAAGAUGACGAAGAUCCGUUCGAUAAGCUGGUAGAAUCGCCGAGUUUCAAUCUAGUAAAAACGGUCGAUAAAAACGUCGAGAAAAAAGAAAAAGUCGUUCGGAACAUUUGCGAAGAAACGUUGAGCUUAUUUAGAGAUUUACCGGCCGAUGCUUCGGAUGAUUACAGCGGCGAUAUGGAAUUGUCCGAUUGCGAAUCGUCUUCGCAAAUAUUCACCACGUCUCCAGAAAAAUUGGCGAGGGCCAAGCCGUUUAGUGACAACAAUUUCUUGAAAACCACUCCCGAAUCGAGCUCAUUAGAUAUGGAAUUCUCGUCGUUGGGUAAAACUGCCGAAGGAAAGACUAAAGACAGCGACGAGGACGAUGCUAUUAAAGAACAAAUUCUAACCUUUAUCGCACAAAGCUCGAGCACAGAUGAUGAUAGUAGCGACGUGUUGGCCGUUAAGCCAUCGAAUUUGUUGGUAAAAAAGAGAGACGAUCCGAUACCCACAAUGUCCGGAAUUUUGGGCAUCAACGUUUGCGAAUCUGCCUUUAACAAAGAGAUUCAAGAAACGCUGAAGAUAGACGGUGCUAACGAAGAAACAAAACCAUCGAGCAGCUCUUCAGACGCAGAAAAAUCAACAUCCAGCGACAAGCAGCAAAUUUCACCGGCCCUUCAAGAAACUGAUAGCGCAUUGCUCGAAUCGAUAGUUUCUCAACCUCCUGUCUCUUUAGAUGUGAAGCUAGAAGAGACCGCCAAGGAACUGAGUAGCAUUAAAACCGGAACCAAAAUCGCCGAUUCCAUUCUGCAGAAAUUUAAUUCCAUCAAAAAGGAAAGCACCACUAAAGCUUCCCCGAAAAGGGAAAUCGAAGACAAAGAGCCGAUCAAGCCGGAAACCAAAUCAGAAAACGUAACUCUGAAGAAAGAAGAAGCGAAAGAAGAACCCAAACCUGCUAAUGAGGAAAAGCAACCUCCCAAAGAAACUAAAAUCGAACAGAAAUCGGAAGAAGAAGACGAUGAAGAGGACGAUGACGAGGACGAGAUUCCUUCGCCUCCCAUAGAAGAACCGGUGAAAAAAUCGUCGACUCCUCCCAAAUUGGAUUUAUUGGAAUCGAAGAAGAGGAAAAAGGUGCUGAGCAGAGCUUACAUCGAAGAAAGCGAAACCGACAGCAGCGAUUCCGAGCAAUUGGUCAUAGCCAGAUCGGACGAUGAUUCCCAAGCGACUUCGUUGGACAAUAAACCCGAUGCCAAAGAAAGCGACAGCAGCAACGUAUUCAAUCAGAGCCAAACCACCGACGAUUCCCAAUCGCAGGAGGAGCGCAAUUUCGAAUUCAAAGAGGACGAACACCGAAUCACCCCGCCUUCUACUAAGAACGAGGCGUCGAAGAGCGAUACGAAACCCGCGGAAGAAACCCCUAAAGAAGAAGAUCCCGAUCCGCACCUCCAUUCGCUCCUGCUCUGCGAGGAGGAGAUUCCCAGGAGCCCGGCGCCCGCCAACGAUCCGCCUCCGGUUCAGGAAACCGUCAUGAAAAGUGUACUGGAAAUGCCUUUCGCCAGCGCGCCUAGCACCAGCAACAGCAAAGGUUUGCUGUUGGAACAGAAGAAGCUGACGGUUGCUUCGAACGCCGAAUCGCAGCAGGCGGUAGCUAGAGAACGUAGGUCGCAAAAUUCCACCGUCUUGGACAAUACGCCUCCUACGACGCCGGAGAGUAGCAUCAGCAAUUUGUCGCCUAGAGGGGAUACUGGAGGAUUGUCUCCUACAUUGGGCGAUAACGAAAGCGGCAAAUCAAACGAUGUCGAAACAGAAUAUCCCAGACAAAGGUCUACUAAAGUGUCGCCGUAUAGUGAAGAAGAUACUCAAAUGUUGAGCGAAAUGAAGAAACCGGCUUCUUGCAAAAAACGAAGAAAAUCGUUGAGAAACUCUGAAGAUACUAUGCCACUUCCGAGUAAAAAGGCCAAAAAAACAAGAUCGAGGCAUAAUAGCGAUAGCGAUGAUACCUCUGAGUACUCUAACGCAGAAAGCACUGCGGUCCCUUAUAAUAUAUCAUCGCGAUCUCCGAGACCUUCAAAAUAUAACUUUUACGUCGAAUUUGAUCCUACUUUAGAUAGCGGACAGAGGAUAGCUGUUUUACAACAGAAACUUACGGAAUUAAGAAAAACAUACGCUGAUGUUAAAGCAGAACUUGCAGCUGUUGAACGAAGAAGAAAAAAGAUUAGAAGGCGGGAACGAGAAGCUCUAAAGGCUGCGAAACAAGAAAUAACCUGUGCAUGAUCCAAAACUCCUGGAGCUCGUAAACAGGCGUCAUGACGAAAGAAGACUAAACAUGGACCGUAAUUUUGUAUAGACUAGUUUUGUAGGGGACAUACAUUUUACUUGUUAAGUUCUAAAACAAAUGUGUAAUAGAUUUUCAGUCAUUUAUUUUGUAAUUGGAACGUUUGACUAAUUUUUAAAAGAUUAUUAUCAUAAUAUUGGUAUAAAUGGCGUUCUAUAGUACAUAUAUAAGUUCUUGAAUGUAAAAUAAAUAAUACCUAAUGGUCAUUGAAUGAAAGAAAUUGUUAAUUUGUGAAUUUUGUGCAACAUAUGUGCUACAGAAAUUCAAAUAAUAGUUCAGAAAAAUUAUCUUAAGCUUUCCAUUGCAAAAUUCAAUUAUAUCUCUCGAUAAACUUCAGCAUUGAAUUUAGAAUUUACACCUACUUGAAUAUUAUGUUGAAUUUUUUUUACAGUAUAUUAUUUUCUGAUGCAUUUUCUGAACUAUAUCUGAAAAUGGUGUAGGGAUAUUUUGUUUAUUAUUAAAAACUAUUCUAAUACUAAAUAAAUGUAGCCUACUUAUAAGUUUAUUAAUUACCUUACUGUUAGGUUUAAAACAACGUUGUUCUU